GCUAACUGCCCCAGCUCAGUGUGUACGUGAGCGCGCGCGCGUGUGUGUGAAGUGUCGCUGCGCAGUGGAGUUUGUCCGAGCGGCUGUGAUGAAAUAAAAGGAAAAAAAAAAGUUUGGUAAACAGUAAAGUCCGAGUGAACCUUUGGGAGUAAAACCAGAAGUUCAGUUAUGGAUCUUUACUUUUGCCUUCUCUUAAUCUGACUCCACACCACAUGAAAAUGGGAAACAGGAUAUCUGAUCAAUCCAGUAUAUUUUCUAAUCUUCCUUUCUGGAAGUCUCUGCACAUUACUAUUUUGGGUCUGGACUCUGCAGGCAAAACCACUGUCCUGUACAGACUGCAGUUUAAUGAGUUUGUGAACACGGUGCCUACUAAAGGAUUUAAUGCAGAGAAGGUCAAGGUGGCCCUCGGCCGCUCUGGGACGGUGACCUUUCACUUUUGGGAUGUUGGUGGCCAGGAGAAGCUGCGUCCGCUCUGGAAGUCCUACACUCGCUGCACUGAUGGCGUCGUGUUUGUGGUCGACUCGGUGGAUGCUGAGCGGAUGGACGAGGCCAGAACUGAACUUCACAAGCUUGCACACUCGAUGGAGAGUCAAGGUGUUCCCAUGCUUAUUAUAGCAAAUAAGCAGGACCUGAGGAACUCUAUGACCCUGGCAGAAAUUGAGAAGAUGCUGGCGCUGAGUGAACUCGGUGCCUCUACGCCAUGGCACUUGCAGCCUUCGUGUGCUAUAAUCGGCGAUGGUUUAUUAGAAGGACUUGAAAGACUGUAUGACAUGAUCCUCAAACAGAGGAAGAAGUUAAAGCAGCAGAAAAAGAAGUGAUGGGAAAUGUUCAGAACGAGAAAGCAAUAGAAAUUGGUUUAAACAGUGAUCAUGUGGAAUGGCCCUCAUUUGACCAUGGUAUUUAUCAGCUGACUGAGUUUCAUCAGUUUCAUAGUCUAAUGUUUUUUUUUUUUGUUUUUUUUCUAAUCUUUUUUUUUUUUUAGUUAAAGCCCAUGGCUUUAAAGAGAUCUUUAUUAGACCGUGAGUGGAGAAUGGAAGAGACAGUUUUAAAAUACUGUGCAGGCUGAACGUUUAUUACUUGAAGUGUGUUGAAGGAACAUGGAUGAAGGAAGUAUGAGUGUUGGGUGUGUGCUAGUCGUGAGAAGUGUACGUGUCAUUUUUCAGGUUAAUGUAGGACCGAGAACAUGGGCAUCAAUUACUUCUAGGAUUAACCAUCAGCGAUUCAGAUUUUAAUUUACUGUAUUUUUAUCUUUGAAAGUGGGUCUAUAACACUGAACCCCGUUUAUUUUCAUGUGUGGUUGGGGUUUUCUUUUUUUCUUUUGGAGAAGAAACUUUUUGUCUUUCUCUAACUUUUUUGUAUUGUUUACAAGCACUUUAGAUGCCAUACUUACUUUAUGUAAAUGUCUGAAUAUUUAGUGACUAUUUUAUUAAGCUAAAUAAAUAUUCCUAUUGUAAAAACGUCAUUAUUUUAUGCCUGCGCUUUUUUUAAAAUUUUUUUGUACUUUUUGUUCAUAGCCCUCUAAUACUACUGCAGUUUUGAACUGUCACUUCACACAGUAAUGUUGACCGCUGCUCUAUAGAUGCUAAUCAAGAAUCCUUAUUUCA